UAGACGAGACAACAACGAAUACAAUUGUAUUUGAACAGUAUCUGACACAAGUUUUUCACAUAAUGUCAUCCAUAUUUUCAGGUAAGUUUAUGUUUAGAAAUCUCUGUAUCAUAUAUUUAAUAAGCAUAGAAGAGCUACAGCAGCUAUAAACUCAGAUGAGACAAUUGAUUUGAGAAGUGGAUCAGGAAUUGUGUGUAAUCUGUGUCACUUGCUCUUGGAAGGUAAACGUGACGGAGAACAUGGGGGAUUUGGGUGUUACGUCAUACCUGGCUGAUGCAGAUGGAAAUGUGACUGUUGGACCUGGAACUCAUUUAUCUGCCAGUCGUUCAGCAAAGACUACAUCAAGAUUAAAACCCACCCCAGUGACCCCACCACCACCAACACACGCCUCAGUUACUCCAGCAUCUACAUCCACCCCUUCCACUCCCACACCAAGUGAGGAAUCCAAAAAUAAGGCAAAGGCUGAAAAAACAACAACAUCAAUGUGUAAAGGAGACUCUGUUAGUCUGAAAGCACCUGCUGUAGAGUUGGAGACUGUUGAAGAUGAACAUCUCACUGUCUCGGUUUCUUCACCUGCACCACAAGAACCUGAACCUGAGGAAACUCCAGCUUCUCCUGCACAUGAGGAAUAAACCGAUGUGACAGAGAAAUGAUGGAGGAUUAAAGCUGUGUUAGUUAUCUAUCUAUCUUAGAGGUUUAAACUGUUUGGUUGUUAUUCUUUGAGUGAUGAGUUUGUAAUGUACCUGCAUUAUGGGGUGUGCACACCAAAACUUUUAAACGUGGCUGAAAAUGCCUGGAGGACACAGAAUGUCUUUGGUAGCUGUGAUACUUCAGCUGUGAGCCGGUUGGUUGCUGUGGUAAUGUCCCGCCCUUCCUCCACUGUGAUUGGACGGCCGUGUGAGAACUGACAUUGACGAGCGGAGCUUUUCAACCAAAGUUGAAUAUUUUCAAUAUCUUGCCGCUAAUCGUGGAAAAAUCGCUGAGCGCCGGUUUUCAGCGCGGAAGAAAACUGCUAGCUGCUGGCUUUUUUCGAAAAACGCUGAGCUUCCAUUGGAAACAAUUGAAAACAUGCGCCGGCCGCAGGCGUAAAAGCUUUGAUGUGCACACCUCCUUAGCGUGUGGUGUCUUUCAGUACGGAGUAUUUAGAUUAUCAUUUUGAAUAAUUAUGUAGUGGCUCCUAUAUCCCCCUACUCCUUGGUCCAAUUUAUCUUCUUUACUACAUGUUAUCCAAUUUCAUAAUUAGUAUCUGGACUGGUUGCAUAAACUGAUUAGGCUAGUCAUCAACAUUUUUAUUCAAGAUUGGUCAUAUUUCAUGAAAGAGUUAGGUACUUACCUGUCUGUUUAAUAUAAAUAAAUAAACUUCACAAAUGUGUGUAAAUCACAGUGUGUAUAUCGCUAUCAUGUUCAGGUUUGUGUGUUUUAACCCUUAAAAAAAUAACCAUAAAACACACUGUAAAACCUAACAGUUAACUUAACUCAAACCAUUUAAGUAAACCGGUUGCAUUAGGCCAUUUAAGUUUUAAAACACAUAAAUUAAAGUACUGUGAACUUGAGUCAUGUGCAAUUAUGCAAUUAUAUUUAAGUAGUGUGAACUACUUAGUGCAUACAGUAACUGCAUAUGAUUCAAUUUGUUUAAGUUCACAGUACUCAAAUGUAUGUGUUUUAAAACUAAUGCAACCGGUUUACUUAAAUGGUUUGAGUUGAGUUAACUUUUAGGUUUUACAGUGCACUAAAUUUUUGUAAUUUAUCUGCACAGCCUUUUGCAUUUUAGUGACUAUUAUGAAUCAUUUAAAGUCAUUUUUUCAGAUGUGAUGUUUUACAUCAUACUGUUGCAAGUAACUGCUGAUUUUAAUCUGUCAAUUAAAAUAAUGAUAACACUUUACAACAAGGUUGUAUUUGUUAACAUUAGUAAUACAUUAGCUAACAAUGAACAAUACUUUAUACAGCAUCUUAGUUCAUUUAAGCAUUUACUAAAACCAAAAGCUGUAACUGUUAACAUGAGUUAAUUCACAAUAAACUAGAACUUAGAAAAACUUGAUAAACUUGUGUGUCAGCAUCCAUCUGUUAAUGAUAAAAAAAUAAGUAAUGUAAAGGAAGAUAUAGGCAAUAUAAAAAUACUAACAUUAUAAAUAUUGGCAUUGACUAACAUUAACAACUGACAUCAGAGGUCAGGUAAGCUUUUAUUUUCUGUGAGUUGUAUCAGUAAUAAUACUAAAUUAAAUUUCCAGAAUUAUGCUGAUCAGUCAGAGAAGGAAUUUGUAUCCAAUGUUUUCUUUAUCUGUGUUACACUCAUGCGUGAUGGUCUUGAGGUCAGAGUUCAUAGGUUAAAAUGUCUG